GUAAACAGGGAGGGCGGCAGAGCUGUCGGUGUCGCCGCUGGCGGGAAAGAGACACGGUUUACACUAAGGACAUGGUGACUGACUUUGAUGAGAAGCAUGAUGAAUAUUUAAUAUUACUUCAACAAAGAAACCGGAUAUUGAGACAUUUGAAAAGAAAGGACCCCAUGCAAAUCAAACUAGAGCAUUUAGAACAAGGAUUUUCUCUGUAUCUAAAUGGAGCUAAUUCAGAGUCAAGAAACUAUCGCAGAAAACCCAGUUUUCAAGAAUUCUUUAGAUGUGGGUUGCAGACUGCAAGGAUAAAUGAUUCUGGUACAGCAGCCCAAGUAAAAGAAAUUGAACUGCAAGGACGCAGCACGCAGACUGCACCAAGCAAAAUCCAGCGUAAAGGAUGGUGUCAGAAACCUGUGCAGAUUAAAACAGAAAGUGGCUCUAGACUCUGCAUUUCACCUCCUCCGGAGUACUCUGAUGAUUUUGAACCUUAUGAAAGCUUGAAUAUGGAGACAAACGACUAUCAUAUUAAUUGUUCCCAGAAUCUCAAGUCUCCCAAAAGUCCUGUCAGUGACUUUAAAUUCACCACCCGGAACCCAGAACUGCAAGUACAUGGCGAUGUGGAAAAGGAAAGAAUACUUUUAAGUAUUGAUGAUGUAAAGGAAUUGAGAAGAAGUUUGGAACUCCGUGUAAGUCAGAAAAGGAUGGAGAAGGACUGUUCUAGUGAUGACUAUGACUCUGUUGAAGAGGAUGUGCUUUUGGAGCACUCUCAGGUGGAAGAGACAGUUGCAAGUUUUGGAAGCCUCCAGUUGCCCAGCAGUGAGUCAUUACUGAAGGAUGUUCCGAAGUAUCAGGAGGCUGGAAGAUGCUGUGACCUUGAUGCUGGUGCUCUUGUGCUGGAAUUUAAGCAGAAUCUGACAAAUGUGAAACAGGAACGAAUUCUGUCUGCAAAGAGGAAAGAUGCUGCUGAAACCUACAUUCCAAUCAGACCUAUGAAGGUCAGAAGUAAAAUGGCUCGGCCACUUUCUGCUGGACCCCUGCACCAGGAGGGACAUGAAAGAACCUGUUCUAGACCAGUAAGUCGACCAGAAAAGCCACUGUCAGCAACUCGAAGGAAUGUUUGUGAGAAGAAGGAUCCUGAGCAAUCUGCUUCUGCUGUCAUUAAAGCUAUGCAAGUUGAAAAUGAGAUCUUGCAAAGAGAGAUGCUUUGCGGAAGGCUGGAGACUUCUACCAGCCAUCAAAUGCUGCCUUCUGUUUCAACUUCAUCUGUUUCUGCAACAACUGAGCCUUCAGAAAAACAACAGGAAACAACUGUAGUCACAGAAGCUAUUGAAAGAAUUGGCCAUUUGGGAAGCAGGCAACAGAAGAAACUUUUGAAACUCCUGCAGGAAAUUGAGAGCUGUUCUACCUGCCACAGUCACAAAGUCCUACCUACUGAGGAACUGGAGCCAGAUUCUGUGGAUCAGCUGCAAACAAAGGCAGAAGUACAGGAUGCCAUUUAUGUGACUAUGGAAAUCCUCUCCAAUUGGGGGAAUGCAGUCAAUGUGGGCUUGACGGAGGUGGAAUUCUUUGAUUUACAUGCUAUCAGGAUGUUUGUGUCUCCUCAUGAUGUGGAUAUCCGAAAUGCUGACUCUCCAGGGGAUCUCUCUUGUCUGGUCAAUAGAACCCUGAAUAGCACCAAGGAGCGUUUCCUGUGGACGUGCCCUUUUCAUGCGCCAGUUCAGCUUUACUUUGUUAUCCGCAAUCCCAGCCGGUCACGUGACUUUGGUAUAUCUAAGAUCAAGAUUUGGAAUUACAACACGACGACUCUUAGUGACCUUGACGUAUGUGCAAAGAAUGUGAAACUAUAUAUUGAUGAGAACCUUGUAUUCGAUGGUCAGUUAGAAAAAGGCUGUGGAGAUCUAACCACUGAUUUCAGCACUACAAUUGACCUUAAAGACAAUAGACAAGAGAUUGCUGCACAUUCUACACAAGGAAAUAAAAAAUCAAAUGGAGCUAAUAGCACAGGCAAUAAGGAGGACCUGUUUUUAAAAUACCCACAGCCUGACAGGGCUUCAUUACACUGGAAAUCUUCCUUAGAAGAAAAUCGCUCUGAGGAAAUGAAGAAUUCCAUCAACUUUAGGAAAGAGAAAUUGACUAAAUUAGAAGAAGAUCUGAAGGUGUUAUCAGCUCCUGUGUCUGCGAAGGCUCUCAAGAAUGAUGUGUCAGAAUCAGCAGUUAUGGAGUACGUUCAGUCUGAUGAUGAGCUUACUAUGAGUGAGCAAAUGGAAAAACUAACCGGAAUAAAAUUAUCUGAAUCUUCAGGUGUAACUCCAUCUUGGUUACAGUCCUCUUCCCGAGUGACAGAGAAGUGCCAUAAACAGAAACCCUCCUGGCUGGAUACAGAGCACCCUUUAGUUUUGAGAGUUCAAGAGCAGUCUGAUGGCACCAUGAGGGGCUGUCCAGAACUAAUUGAUGAGACUAUCAAAUGUCACGGAAGUGAACUGGGGAGAUCCAACAGUAGGAAUGCAAAUGGAGAUGAGAAGACACAAAUGGUAACCAGUAAAGGCUGUACUAUUGACUUGGACAUUUUAGACCAGCUUCCGAACAAAUAUUGCUGCACCCCUGAAUGUCCUGCUAGUGGGAGGAGAAGCGGCAGAAGUGUAAGAAAGGAGGGUUUAUGUACAAAUCAUGGAGAUGAAGGUCUGACACACACAGAUGAAGCCCUUUGUGUCAAUGGCCUAAAAAACUUCAGAGCUGGGUGGCAUAGUGAACAAGAACACACUCUGCAGGAGUCAUGGAACUCCCUUCUAAAGUUCAAUUAUUCUCACCGUGGGCGAAUCUCCAACAUGGAUUUUCAAGGGGAUAUCUUUGAUGAGUUUCUCCAUCAGCAGAAAAUCAGCCGGCAUGGAGAACAUCAGCUUAUGAGGAAAGAAGGAAUACAAGUGCUACCAAAAAGACAAGAAGAAAAUUACAUGGAGACAGAUGAUGGAAAUGAUUUUAAAAUCCCUGUUUUGCCAUAUGGACAGCACUUAAUAAUAGACAUUAAAUCCACAUGGGGAGACAGACACUAUGUUGGUCUUAAUGGAAUUGAAGUUUUUAGUUCCAAAGGAGAGCCUGUUCAGAUUUCAAAGAUAAAAGCUGAGCCACCUGAUAUAAAUAUUUUACCAGCCUAUGGCAAAGAUCCAAGAGUAAUAACCAAUCUAACUGAUGGGGUAAAUCGGACACAGGAUGACAUGCACCUUUGGUUAGCACCCUUUACUCCUGGGAAGCCUCACCGUAUCUAUAUUGACUUUGUGAAUCCCUGUCAAGUAGCUAUGAUCAGGAUUUGGAAUUAUAAUAAAUCCCGAAUACACUCCUUCCGAGGUGUGAAAGAUAUUACAAUGCUAUUAGAUGAGCAAUGCAUCUUUAAAGGAGAAAUUGCAAAGGCUUCAGGAACAUUGUCUGGAGCUCCAGAGCACUUUGGGGAUACGAUAUUGUUCACGACUGAUGAUGAUAUUCUAGAGGCCAUAUUCUGCUAUGAUGAGACUUAUGAUGGAGAAAUUGAAAAUGUGUGCUCGCUAAGAUAUGAGGAAGAGCUAAAGAGACCAAGGACUGCUGAUGGGGAGGGAGAUGAGAGACCUUUUACACAAGCAGGCUUAAGAACAGAUGAUAAGCAGGUUCAAGAGCAAGUGAUGGUGUCAGACCAUCUUUCUGAGCUUACACCCAAGGUACCCGGGGUAUACACUGGACAAUGUCUGCAGCUAAAUUUCACCUUAUCCUGGGGAGACACACAUUAUCUUGGACUGACCGGAUUUGAAGCAGUAGGAAAGGAUGGUCAGGCUUUACCAAUUACUAUGGAUCAGAUUUCUGCUUCACCACAAGAUUUAAAUGACCUUGCAGAGUACAUGGAAGAUUCCAGAACAUUAGACAAGUUAAUAGAUGGGACUAACAUCACUGUUGAAGAUAAUCAUAUGUGGCUUAUUCCUUUCACUUAUGGGGAAGAUCACAUUAUCACAAUCUAUUUUGAUAAAGCUGAAAAUAUUGCAGGGCUUCGCUUUUGGAACUAUAAUAAAUCUCCAGAGGAUACCUAUAGAGGGGCUAAGGUUGUCCAUGUCUUGCUGGAUGGACACUGUAUCUCCCCGCCAGAGGGCUUUCUUAUCCGAAAGGGACCAGGCAACUGUCACUUUGACUUUGCUCAAGAAAUUCUCUUUGUUGACUACUUGAAGCCCCAACAGAUUAUCAGACCAUAUGGGAGAACUGAUUCAAGUGGGAUGGAACAAGCUAGUAUGGACUAUGAAGCACCAUUGAUGCCAUGUGGUUUUAUUUUCCAGUUUCAGCUUCUAACGAGCUGGGGUGAUCCAUACUAUAUUGGUUUGAACGGACUAGAGUUGUAUAAUGAACAUGGAGACAAAAUCUUACUCACUGAAAACAACAUUGCUGCUUUUCCAGACAGUGUCAACAUUUUAGAGGGUGUGUGUGGAGAUAUCCGAACUCCAGAUAAACUCAUUGACAGAGUUAAUGACAGUGGUGAUGGCAGACACAUGUGGCUUGCACCAAUUCUUCCUGGUUUGGUGAAUAGGGUUUAUGUUAUUUUUGACCUGCCCACUACCGUGUCAAUGAUCAAACUGUGGAAUUAUGCGAAAACUCCCCAAAGGGGAGUGAGAGAAUUUGGUCUUCUUGUAGAUGACUUGCUUGUGUACAAUGGAAUUCUAGACAUGGUGAGCCACAUAGUGCAUGGCAUCCUGCCCACCUGUGACCCUGUGGUCCCAUAUCAUACCAUUCUCUUUACAGAUGAUGAGAGGAUUUGCCAGCGAGAGAAGAAUACAGUUAUUAGCAAUCAUGUAGAGGAUCAGGAUGUACGAAUGAUGAACGAAAAUCAAAUUGUUACAAACUCCAAAAAGAAGCAGAUUGCUGCUGACCCAGCUUUACGUCCAAAAACCUGCAUACGUGAUAAAGGAAUGCUGAGGAGGAAAAGACACUGA